GGGUUUGGAAGCGUUUACUGCGCGGUGCAUUGCGUCUUCCAAGGCUUGAGACAAGAAACAUGUUCCGCAGCCACAUUUUCUUACGUAGCUGUGUAUUUUAGGUUCGUGAUCUGCAGCUCGGGCAGCGAUGCCCGGCGUGGAGUAAUGCGGCCGCACUUGUGUGUCAUCCAGGCUUAUUUUCAUGUUUGACAUGCAGUUUUGUGCAUCGGCGUUUCACCUUCCUUGUCACCUCAUCUACUUCGCUGACGCAUGAUGAAAACCCCAUUCAUCUCUCUGUCGUACUUUGCGCAGUGUUUAUGGUAAAUUGCAGAGCAUCUUUUUUUUUUCCGCUUGCGUCCAUGCCUUUUAGGGAGAAUCAAGCCCGCUUGGCAUACCCUGGCUUCCGCGUGCGUUUGCAGUUAUGCUAGUCAUAUGGAUAGAAUUGGGCGUUGUACCGGGGAUUCGUGCAUGUCAAUGAGCCUGCCCCAUGUUGCACCGAGUUAUAAAACACUUCGCUGCGUAGAAAGCCUUAAAAUGUACCCGUGAGCUCUUAGCUUUACUUCGCAUCCGUGCCGUUGUUUGAAUCAAGUUUUAAGGGUGGCCGUGAACCAAAUUAAGGGCCCCACAGUGGGCUUCAGUGUGUUGCUGGCAAGCUUCGCCGUCAUUAUCACUAGGAAGCUUGUUCUGGGUAUAAUUAGUUCCCAUGCGCGAGGAAUUCCAACCUCCAGCCUGUCCGGGGUAGAACAGUUGCAGAGUGGUGAGAAGGAAGCUUUGGAAUAUGAGCUGCCCCCAACUUACAGAAGAAGAUAUCACACCGAAGGCAGCCCCCCUGUCAAGACCAAAGCCUUACAAUAUAUUUCAGUACUUGGAAGUGUUUGCAAGGUUCGAACACUACAGAAGCGAAAGCUACGCGCAAGCAAUACAUCUUAUGGCAUCUCAAACGAGCUUGCGGUCUGAUUCGCGACAGUCAUACUCCUCAUGUGCAACUACAUUGAAAGCAUUUUCUCUGUCUCAAAGUGCACCGUCCUCACCCAAGGGGGUUCAUAACAUUGACAAAUCGUCCACACUCCCCUCCACAUCUUCACGCGAGAUUUCGUUUCCAAGCCCUAAAAAGUCCAGUAGCCUCAGCUUAUCUAGUUUUUUCAAGAAGUUUUCGCCACGGUUUAAGAAGCACUCCAAAUCAAAAUCAAAGCCCUGGAUAGUGGUGGAGUUCUCACAGAAGGACAUUGAUGGCUCUGUCGCGGGUAGAGAGAGCAUGGAUGGAAGUGACCAAUCCCUUGAACUUGCUCUGCAAGGGAAAGAGCAGUAUAUGGCAUCCCUCGAGGACCAUCGAGUUGCCGGUGCUGUGAAAUGUCGAGGUGGAAGCCAACCUGCUUUGAACACGUUAAGCAUUAGGACAGCUAAGACGGGCAUGUUUGCCCCCGCCCAACAGCUGCCGCCACGGCCGACCUCGGCUUGUUUUGGACUACCUCGAAAGUCCGUCCCAGUUACAAAGAGUGACCUGGACUUUAGAGAAUGGGCUCUUCUGCAAAAGCUUUCACCUAGUCAGUCCAAAGGACCUCGAAGUGCACGGUUUGCAAGUGCCUUUCGUUGUGCUCUCCGCCACAACGUCGAGGCACAUGUCUCGAACGCAGCAAGUGGCACGGCAAAGGCGGUGGAUGGAAAGCGUGAAUCAUCUUACCAGACUAGAAAUGACACAUCACAUCAGCAGUCAUCCCUGCCUCAUAGCGUGAGUGCAGACACCAGCACCUUGGUUGUACCAGAAACAAGUCGACGGGUACAGCCUCCGCAGACGCUAAGCCUGCAGCAUAGGAUCGUGGUGCACUCUCCUCCUAUGGAUCCUUUGGGCAUGAAAGUGCCGUCCACUGAAUCAAUUGGAGCCUGUUCACUGGAUGUGGAAGCAAGUGACUCUCAGAACCGUGACUGGAACAGGUUAACAAAGGACGUUUCGGAGAUGACACUUCGCAGCGUGGCAGUGUCUGGAGGCAGCAGCAGAAAUAUGUCCCCUCACGGGCAUGGGUCAGUUGUGGAGGAGUCACUGCACGAGGAGAGAUUUACAAGCACCACCUUCCUGUAUAUCACACCAGAUGGCUCUGCAGUACAGCUUUCUAAUGGUUACCUGAAGGUGGGAGGAAGCACUGUAGAGAGAUUGUCUUCCACAACCAUGGAGCAUAGGCCAUCUUACCUGGGCAUCAGCUGUGCUGUUAAUGGGUACACAAGCUAUAGUCAGUUCUGUAGAAGCCGGGACCCCAGUCCAGCACCUCGUACCACUCAGAAGCCAUCUCCAUUACAUAUGGAACGAAUUCGGCUUCAGAAAGACGAAGUCACUGCUAAUGGCAAGUGCAGCAAUGGGACAAAGGAAGCACAGCCUUCACGGUCUCUCGUGCAGCAGCGCAUUGCCACACUCUAUGGUGCAGAAGCAGCCGAGCGAGUAGCCAGGUCUCGUACUCGCACUUCAGCAAGACCUGCCGCUGUAGAUUCCGCUGUGGGCAAAAGGAGCCUCUCUUGCUCAGCGCAACCACUUCGUGGGCGUUCCCGUAGUCCUCCUGUGUUCAAACAUCUUACAAAGAAUUUCCGAGAACACCUCAGGCUGACAGAGGUGUCAGCAUCACCAGUAGAAAGCCUUCCUGGGUAUGUUGAGCAGUCUACGAAAGCAUCAAAACUCUUUAAUGUGGAAGAGAAGACACCACCAGCAAGCUCAGAAAGCAGAGGGAUUAGUUACAACAGUGGUGACCUUGCCUUUGUACAAGGUGAAGAUGUGCCUGAUUUGUGUGUACAGAAGAGUGCAAGAAUGAAUGGAUGCACAGAGGCUUCUGCUUUAUCUGACAAUGCUUCAACACAGUCAUCACUUGGUCAAGCUUUGCCACUUGUGAAUGUUUCAACAAAGGCAUUACAUACACCAUCAGUUGAAAAAGAGGGUUACGCAUUCCUAAAGAUACUCGAAGACACCCAAAGUGGGUUGGAGGAACGUAUUAAAAUUGCAAAAUUGGACUUGGCUCAGCAAGGCCUUUCUGAAGACGCACGUGGUCACAUCCUUUCUGCUGUGGGAAAAGGCAACCUCCUCAUUUCACAGAAAAUGCAACACUUCAGAGAGCUGUGCCUAAAAAAUAUUGAGCAAGAUGGCAGUGAUCCUUUCCAAACAACAGGAGCUGACCUAGCGGGGUUUUGGGACAUGGUAAUGCUUCAAGUGGAUCAAGUGCACGGCAUAUUUGACAACCUUUCUGCACUGAAGCAGAAUAAUUGGGUUGAGCCCGUAAAUGUGGAGGUGCCUGGAGUAAAAAUACCAUCAAAGUUCACAAAAAAGAUGGGAUCUCGCUCAGUGCCGGCAAGCCCGAAGCACUCAGCCAAGGCUGACAGUGUGGCAAAGGCAAGGGCUGAAGCGCGCAAGAAGCUUAUGGAGGCCAAAAGAAUGGCAGCUAAGCAGGUAGACCGAUCGGGAGAAGGUGACAUUGCAAUAUACAUGCCUCAGAAGCGGGAAGACUCGUAGAAGCUGCUGAGCCUCGAGGUACCGCUGUUUCUGGAGGAAAGCGGGACAAGGUUUUGCAGAGAUCUGAAUGUUGCAAAAUUGAUGGAAGAAACAUAGCGUUUUGGAAGCUGGCAGAAGAAGAAAAAAAAAAACUGAGCAAGACCUGUGAUGAGACAAACUGCUUCAUUGUUGUACAGUUUCUACCGGUUUGCAUUCCACAAAGAUUCAAGGAUUUAUACAACAAAGAUUUUUUUACUUAGAGCAUCGGGUACAUGUCUGCUCAAGCUCUUUUUGAGAAUAACUGUCAGGGUGAAUUGCUUCUGCUCAUUUGUAGCUUAGAAUUCAGCAAUGCUUCCAUUUCCUUUUGCUGAUUCAGCUGUAUUACUUUUAAUUUCUCAUGGCAGCUCUAUUCCUGGAAUGAAUCUUGACAAAAAUAGUUUGUUCUGGUCUACAAAUAGUGUGCGUCAAUUUUAUAUCGAUGCAUUAAUAUAUGCUUGCAUAUUUUAUACUUACUACAGCUGAGAUAGGCAUUAUCUUUUGUGCUCUGUUCAUGCCUGCUGCAGAGCAAUAUUUAGAUAGUAUAUAUUGACAUGAACUAUUUUAAUUAUCCCCUGUCAGUGCUGUAUUUGCAAAGGCUGCAAUAGUGACCAUUGUGUACCUAUUUAUGUUUUGCUAGCAUGUUAUUUAUUGUAAGUACAGGAGUUUCCCCAAGAUAAAGUACGGUGUUUCUUCCUCUCCAUAAACAAAUACAACUGGCACGGAUCGUGUAAAAAUUUUCAGCUCCCAGGUGUGUUUCAUGGCAAAUUUGUGUGGUCAUUUCUUGGCAGCUUUCCUUGACAGAUUUUGAGCAAUUGAAUUUUUCUUGGUGAAAACGUGGCAAUCGUGUGUAUUCUCGUGGAGUUUUCCUAGCACCAGCAAAUUGCCAGCUAGCACUUUUACGCACGGCCUCGAUGCAGCCGGGCAGCAGGUUGCCCAACUAUAUCCGGUGUCGUAACAUCUGCACCGCGAUGGCCUGCAUGUCGAAGUUAACAUGAGUGAACACGAGCGACCGCGAUGCCCCUGUUGUGAUCCAAGUGACUAAAUCAAGGCUAACAAUUUCGGAGCACUAGGCCAUGUUGCUACAUUCUGACUGUGCAAAUUCAAUCCUAUCUUUCCUAUACAGUCUCAAUACCUUAUUACAAAUUGUUAUUUUUUUUUUACUUUUACCAUAUGUUACAUCCUGCAAUGCAUCGUCUAGCCCGCAAAGGUAUUUUUUAUUGGUUUUACAUUUGGUUUCAAACCCUACGCUUCACCUUGGGAAGUCCUGUAUGAUUGACUUGUUCUAAUUUUGUAUUCUCCCUUCUGCUGACACAGGGGUUAGCUAUAUGUGGGGUUGCAUGUUGCUUUGCAUUCAUUAAAAUACUUAGAUGAAAGUA